AUGACCCUUCAGGCGAUCUACGAGGGCUUCCUGGCCAGACCAGAGCCAGAGAUGCUCGCUGAGCAGGCCUCGCUGCACUACAUCACCACAACCACCACGCAUAACGGGCCAGAUAACAUCAUCAAGCACCUACAGGCCGUCCGUCGAGCCCUGGACAAGAAGUCGCAGGUCACCCUCAGUGCCAUCGAGGAUACCAACUCCCUCUGUCUUGAGAUCGAAACUACUCUCCUCUUUACCAGUGGCGGGGGACCUUAUCUGCUCUCGCUGGACGAUAACUUCGUUGUCGAUCAGACCGUCACCAUCCCAAUGGUCCACAUCGUUCGAUUUGAUUCAGAGAAUAAAAUCGUACAGAUCCGCCAGUACUGGGAUCAAGCUUCGCUCCUGAGGAAGCUCAAUGUCAUUGGAUCGCGAAACAACUGGCCUAUCUCUGAUAGCGUGGAGCAGAAACGCCUGAUCAACUCGUCAAUCGCGGCCGCAGCCCAGUACUCGAAGAACGCUGAGCCCAAGCCAAAGAAGACGAAAGAGACACCCAAGAAGGCCGCGAGGGCCGAGACGCCUCUUUCCUUCUUCGAAGCUCAGAGCGUUGAAGAGCCAGUGCCUGCUACCAAGUCUCGCACGUCUACCUUAUCCGCAAAGCCAGCGCCACGAGACUACAACGACCUCUUCCAGGCUGAUAACGAGCCACUGGUGACUCCUCCAAGGUCAAGGGACCAGAACAUAGGCACCCCCAAGACCAUCUCAAAGACAUAUACCCAUUUCGAGUUUGGCGAAGGGAAGCUUCCUGGUGACCAGCCGCAGAAGGAGAGCAAGGCGCGUAGCCACUUUGAGUUCGGAGACGAGGCCGCGCCUCAUGUGUUGGAAGAGCACAAGAAGGCGGCCGAGAAGUCGCAAUCCAAGAAUCCAGGCCAUUUCGAAUUUGGAGAAGCCGAAGACCGCCCUUUGCCUGUUCGACCCAGAUCAUCCAAGCACUUCUCUCAAUGGGACUUCGAAGACUUUGUUACUCCUGAGAAGCCCAAGAGGAGACCCGUCCGAGGCCAAGAGGUCCGUCACUUCGGAUGGAGUGAUGACGAGGUUGAACCGCUGGAGACUCCCAAGCCAAAGCCACGAAUCGCCCAUCCAAGACGUGAUGCUGAGACUCAUUUUAAGCUCCAGGAUGAACAGACGCCUCUUCCGGCUGAGAAGACGACUGCCGGUGCUGCGCAUAACAGAGGCCUCAAGCUGUACGAACACAACCUUUACGACGAAGGUGAGAAGCAAGAGGAGCCUUCGACUACCUCUAACGGCACUAGCAACCAUUCCCAUAGACAUAAGAUCUUCGAUCCUCAGUGGGAGAUGAAGGACGAAUUUGGCAACGGGAACGGUGAAGAGGCCAAAGAGGAGGAAACGAAGAAGCCUGUCUCUAGAAGCCGCAUGGACGUGGUCAAGCUCAUGGACUCAAGCUGGAAUAAGUUUGAUGAAAACGCACAGCAGGAACAGCCCGUAGUCGACCGCCCUAUUCGCGCCAACCCAGCCCGCCAGAGCGUCUACUCUAAGAGCUGGGGCUUUGGAGAUGAGGAUUAA